UUUUUAUUGAAGGUUGAAACUCAAGUUCAUGGCUUCAUCAAAAGAAGCUUCAAAUCCCGUAGGUGAGAUACCUCUCACCUGGAAUCCCUAUGUAUUGUUCUACCCUUUGGCUGGCAAAAGUCACCUGGGAAUCAUUCCAGCAGGUGGCUUCCAAAGUCCAACCUGCUAGGUUGAAAUCUGACACUCACAGAGGCUCCCGGGAGCUGCCACAGAAAGCUAAACCGGGAACCAGGAAAUGCACAACCCUGUUGCUGUAGGAAAACAGCUGUGCUCCCUCUGAGACAGAGCGCCAUGGGGAACGGGUUCUGCUGUGGAGGAAGCUGGAGCUGCCCAUCAACUUUCCAGAAGAAAAAGAAAACAGAGAGCCAAGGAAAAUGGACAUUGAAGCCACAGCAGCAACAGCUGCAGCAGAAUGGCACAAAGGGCCAUGAAACAACACGACAUACGUAUGAGCGAGUGUUACAGCAGCACAAGUCACAAGAGAGGAGUCAAGGCCUCCCAUUGGAGGAGAGCAGCUUACAUUACGCAGACAUUCAACUGUGCAGGGGCACCCAGCCACGGUCUGCCCACGAAGUGAAACACCUGCAUUUAGAAAAUGCUACAGAGUAUGCGACCCUUCGAUUCCCCCAGGCCAGACCUCGCUAUGACAGCAAGAACGGGACCCUAGUGUGACCCUUGGGGAGGAGGGACCAGUCCAUCAUUUACCACUACUCCUGUGGGGAGAAUCUACUGUUUUGGGGAAUUGGGUGGCACCCAGGGAUAUUGGCCAUAUUUUAUGUACGUUUAAAGAACUCCAGAGCCCCUGGAAUUGUGGUUGUCCCCAGUCUCUCCUUUAGGCUUCUUACUUGCCACCAUUAGCUUGGAGUUGUAGUUGGGUUAGCUAUGGGAGGAUGGAAUUCCACAAAAUGAGGUUAGGUCAGGUGUGCAGGGAGGUCUUUUUUUUUUUUUUCUAGUUUCUUCCUUCCUGGAAUGCAGGGAGGUCUUUAAGCCCACCAUUGCUCCUGCUCUUUAGGAAAGUGCAGGAAGAACUGGUGACUAUAAGCACGCAGGCUGAUCUUGUUGGACUUUAUUUAAUGGUAUCCUUUUUACACACCUUAAUCUCCAAUGCUGAAGGGGAAGUGCUCUGGAAAAACAUUGUGAGCUUUUGCACACAGCCCCCAGGGAUGGCUUGGGCAAUUUCCUCAGCAGCUCCGUGGGUCAAAGGUUCCAGAUCUAAACAGACAAAUGCCUCAGGGACUAAGGCUUGGAGGAAGCCGUUCUCCAACCGUUGGCUACAAGGACUUCCAGUCACUGGUCACUGAUACAGCACCGAGAGGCCCGGAAACUUCCCUUGGGGAGACUGUUGGUUCUUGAGGGUGUGGGGCCGUUAGGAUCAAUAAAUUGCUUGAGGAACAUG